UUGAAUGAUGGGCUUGCGUAUUUACCGGUAUGUCAGUUUAAUGGGAGAAAGGAAUUCGCCCUCGAAAUCUUUGACAUUUGGCAAAAAAAAUGCAAAGCACAACUUGAAAAGUAAGAUUGUGAUUAUAAGAUUGCCCAAGGCCUACACUAAGAGCAAUUUGGAGAAGUGUGUUUGAAUGUAGAGCCGUGCUUUGGGAAACCAUCGAUGUGCACUGCUGUAAAAGCCAAGUAAUGCAAGUUCAAGACUCCCAAGGUUUAUUUGUCACAUACUUUAUGUACAAGUACAGUGAAAUUUUUUUUUGUUUUUGUUUUGGCCACUCCAAAACUGAAACAGGAGAAAUGAACAAAAUAAUAAAAUAAAAAUACAAUAAAAAUUUGGGUAAAAUUUUAAAAAAUAGUAUCCAGGGAGUAUACAUAAGGUAUACCCAGAUAAAUACAAUGUGCAGUUUAUACCCAGCAGAAGUGUGCAAAUAGUCUGAAUGAGUAACGUGUCUGAGGCAAAGUGGCAGUGGUAUUACAGAUGUAAUUACUGUGUUGUUGUCUUUAGUGUCCUUGUGGCCUGGGAGAAGAAACUCCCGAGUCUGUGUUGGCCCUUGCGGCUGCCUGACUGCAGCGGCUGAUCGGGGUAAUGGGAAUUCAUAACUCUCCCCGCCCUGCACCGCCUGGCGUAUACGUCGUUGUAGGGGGGCGAGUGCGGACCCGGUGGUACCGUACCACUCCGCAGGGCUUUCUGGUUCUUGAGGGUUCGGUGGUACAGUAUGGUACAGUUCCCAUAGCAGGCGGCUCGAGGCACCCUGCCGGGAUGCCCUCAGUGGCGCCAGAGUAAAAGGCUUUCUGGAUCUGUAGGGGGAGACACUGAACUUCUUCGGUGGCCUCAGGUGAUAAAGACGCGUCGUCCUCAGGUUCCUGAAGUCUGCACGGUAAAUCCGUGCUGAACGUGCACCCAAAGGCUAUUUAAGUUCCUUUAAAAGCUGGGCAGACACAGCGCGCAGACGGUCGGCCGUGACGUAGGGCAGGACAUGACGUAGGGCUCUGCGUAGGCGACCUCAAGCAGAGCUCAAAUACGUCCACAUCCAUUGCGCAACUACCGUUCUCGGAUGUGAUUGGCGACGCGGAAACUACAAUGCACGGCCGGUCGCUUGCUGGCGUGCCGCCGAGCUCAGCAGCCAAGGGAGGAGGAGGGGGAGUAACGAACGUCGUCCUCUUCCGGCCUCCAUCGACGCCACUAUCGAGCUAUGCCAAAGAGACGCGCAGAGGAUGCGCUGCACGACGGCCCCCGCAAGAGAGACCAUCGUCCCCUUUGCGGCGGCGGCGACAUGCAGCUGGAAAGCGUGGGUGCGUCAGGCUGCGUGGGUCCGCCGUCGCUGCUUGCUCUGCCGGGCGGCCGCUGCAGAGAGAGAACGUGUUAUUUCGACGAUCCGGAGGGACCGCAGGCGUCCCCGACGGGUCGCAAGGCUGCAGACGGGGAUCCCAGGAACCGCGCGUCAAACGGUGUGUCGACGACGCAGCAUUCUGGAAGCUUCCAUGAUCGUCGCGCCUCCGCCACAUGUCCGAGCUUUAAGAAACGCCAGCGGGAGGAGUCCGUGGUCCCGCCGCACGCCUUUUCUCAAGUUGGCGACGGAGUACAAAGUUUUUCCAAUUCACGCCAGGUGCCGUUUGUGUCCGUAGCAAUAGCAGCUCCUGUGAACUGUGACAAUGAAAACGAGGACUGCAUUUACAACUCUUUCCAGUUCUGGAGGCCCCCCUUGCCUGAGCUUGACCUCUCGCUUCUAGAGGAUGUAAACAACCAGCCAGAGCCCAAAGAAAAACCAAAACUCAAAGACUCGUCUUCUGACUUGAUGGAAACGUGAAGACGAGCAAGGAAAAGGAAGUAUAUUCGGCCAAUACACUUAGCAGGCAAAGGACUUGUUGAAAAUGUGAUGCAUUUCUCCACUUGACACAUUAGAAAUGUUUGCCCACAUCUCCCCCCUGUUUUUAAUUCUUUUCCUUUCUUUUCUUUUCUUUUUCAAUGCAAGAUUGCUUCCAGGUGAAAUGCAGUCAUGCCGAGGAGCCCUAGAGGCCCUGUCAGAAAGAUGCAUCUCUUAUUUGGACUUUUCUUGAACAAAGGCAUGAUUUUAGCAAGUCUUACAUUUUUUUGUAAGGAUAAGCGGUUUGGAUAAUGGCCGGAUGGAUUAAUUUUUUAUUUCAUUUGAAUGAAGACUCAAGUGUGUAUUGGUUGGUAUUCAUUCAUCUUGAAUUUUUGUACCAAAAUUACGCCAUUUCUUACCCGCAGUUCUUAAAUCAAGACAAAUUAAGGAAUUAAGUCUUAAAUCUAGACAGAAUAAUCAAGAUGUAGUGUAGAUUGAAGAAACUGCGGUAUAAAGUUAAUCAGGAGAAAAAGCUCAUAUUCAUUUAUAUGCCUCCUUUUCCUGCUGUAUGUUUGUAGCGACAGAAACGGCUUUAGAAAAUUCAAAACCCAUCUCUGCCAACUUGCCUUCCCUGUAACAGGGCCGUAAUUUGUGAUUUUUCUUUUUCUGUAUCUAUCUUGUGCAGCACUUCAACUUUGUUUUAAAAGGUGCUAUAUAAACUCACAUAUGAGGGUAGGAAUACAUUUGCAUUUAAUUUUUUCCAUCAACAAAUUAAAUGUGAAAAAUAUUCAUUUUCAAUGAGGCUUUUUUUUUUAACGAAAUUGACAUUUUUUUUUGCGACAAGAUACCAGUAGCUGCCACUUUUAAUACCGUAGGGUCCUAUGGCCUACAAACCUGAGGAAAUCUGGAGAGAAGUAGCACAGAUUUUCUCACCAAAUCUUUUGAUUAUGUUCACGUGUAUGUAAAGUAAAAAGACAUAACCCCCCCCCCUUCCAUCUAUGUGCAAUUCAUUUUACAGUCUCAUCCCGUCAUCUUGAAUUAACAUUUGGGCUUGGCUCGUCUUUUUCGUUUCAGCUCUGCUCUCAAAGUAGAUGGUAGACAAAAGUGGAGGGGAUAUGGAACAGAGUUUUCUUGGGAAAAUUAAUUUGAAUGCAUCACAAAAAAACAACAACAGUAUUUUGGUGUGUCUUUAUGCAUGCUCGAUAAUCCAGAUAAGAAAAUCAAAGGAAGUCGAAUCGGUUCAAUAAACGUUGUGUCCAGAUGAACUAAUUCAACUUUCUUGGAGUAUUUCGGUGUAUGUUACACUGGUAUAAAAGUAUUUUCCUGUGAAUUGUUAAAUGUUACUAAUACACCUAAUUGGUUGUCAUGGAGCAUUGUGUUACACAGGUUGUGUAUAGUUUCUUACUGCAGUAAAAAGCCUUUUGUGUA